AUGUCAGAAAUAUUCAAAAGGCUGUUUAUGUCUCACAGACCCGCCAACUCAAAGGUCUCCCAACUAGAAACCAGUCUCAAUCCGACAAUAACCCUAAAAAAACUGCGGAGCUAUACACCUUCUUUGGGAGACCUUUGCCAUUACGCCUUCCUUGGAAGCGUUUUGCUAUUCGUGCUGAUAGUCUACCCCGCGGCAUUAAUUUUGAAGCUCUCUGUUUACGUGCUUUUCGGAGUGUUAUUCCUUCUGCCUGCUACUUCUCAGUUCUUUUUUAACGCGUUGCCCAUAUUCACCUGGCUAGCAUUGUAUUUCACUUCUUCAACCUUUGAAGCUAAACAUAGACCUCCCAUAACCGUACAAGUGCUUCCUGCUAUCGAAACUAUUCUGUACGGUGACAACUUGAGUGACAUUCUGGCUGCUUCUUUGAACAAGCCUUUGGACAUAUUCGCAUGGCUGCCAUACGGAAUUUUCCACUUUGGAGCACCAUUUGUUGUGGCUAUAAUCCUAUUCCUUUGUGGUCCUCCCACCCUGCUACGGGGCUAUGCAUUUGCUUUCGGGUAUAUGAACCUUGCUGGAGUUAUUAUGCAGAACUUGUUACCAGCAGCUCCUCCUUGGUACAAAAUACAGUAUGGACUUACUCCCGCAAACUAUAAAAUGAAAGGCUCGCCUGGGGGACUGAAAAGAAUCGACGAAUACCUGGGCAUUAGCGUCUACACUGAGGGCUUCUCCAACUCUGCUGUGAUAUUUGGGGCACUUCCUUCCCUGCACUCCGGCUGCGCAACGAUGGAAGCCUUGUUUUUCUCUUAUGUGUUUCCCAAAUUGAAACCUCUAUUUAUCUUUUACGUUUGCUGGUUAUGGUGGUCAACAAUGUACCUUACACAUCAUUAUUUUGUGGACUUGAUGGCAGGAUCGGUACUAUCCUACACAAUCUUCCAGUAUACGAAAUAUUUUCACUUACCCCUGCCGGAGCCUUCCGUUUAUUCUCGUUGGUCAUAUGCCGAUAUCAAGAAGUUUAGUGUUUGGCAGGCCGACCCGCUGAACGGCGACGGAGGGGAUCUUGAAAAUUUGGCGGUUCCUUUAGCUGUUGAUACAGAUUUUGAACUGAACGUUAUGGAAAACAGUGAGCCUCCUUCAAUAUUUGAUCAAGAUAGAUCCGUGUCUCGGUCGUCUGCAACGUCUAACACAUCCGCCGAUGUACAAGAUGAUUUUGUUUCAGCGGCGAGGCCCGGCAAGCAACGCAUUGACUGA